AUGUUGGGCGGUGUAAGACUAAAAGUGAGCAUUACUCAUGAAAAAACAUGUUUUGCAUAUAUCAGCCCUAAAUACAGUACAAACAAUGAUCAGAAUCAAUGUGUCCAAGUACUCAAUAAAAACAAACAGAUACUCCUCUGGGUGGUUUUCAGUAGUAAUGUCCAAGAAGGCCAGAUAGCCUGUAAUCCAUUGUUGAACCAACUAGUCGGCUUCGAUGAAGGCAGUGACGUAUUUGUCUCUCCAUAUGGAGAUAUUAAAGUCAUUGAUGAACUGUUUGUGGAUACGGACAGUCCGGAUGAUCAGGAGAUAUUGGAACACAAUGCCGAAGUUCUCCAGCUCCGUGUAUUAGAUCAAUUACGUCUUGUAGCAGCCAAUCAGAAGGCAGUCGUAUGGAUAUCUUCUUCGAUGCCAAUCAUAUUUACUCCAAAACAGACUGGUUUAUUAGUCAAUCAAAGCCGUAUUGUUGUUAAAGUAGACGCUUUUAAUAGCAUACAUGGCUCUAAUCGUAAAUCAUCAAUAAUACCUGAACAAAAAAAUAUUGAAUUUAAAAAUAUCGGCAUAAUAAUUGACGGUUUGCUACGUCCCUAUCUGCAUAUACCUGAAAGAAAAGUUUUGCGAGUUCUACCUAUUGAUAGUGAUGGUAAAAGAAACUUGAUACAUCCAUACAUAGUAUUUUUACAUGAAGAUUUGUUAGAAAAAUAUAAAGAUUUCACUGUCAUUCUGGGUACUAUGAAGACCAUUCCAUCUAUAAUUAAUGAAAAAGACGAUGAUUGUGAGAAUAAUAAUAGUCAAAUUAAUGAUUUAUGUGUUGAAAUAGUUCCUGUGAAUUGUGUGGUAUUUAGAAGUCUGUGCAGAGAGGUUUAUAAUAAAAACAUACCAACCAUUCUUAUACCGAAAUCACUAAAUGCUAUUAUUAAUAUUGAAAACGGUUCAAGAGUUAUACUGACAAUUAUUGGAGACAAAAUUGAGCAACCAGACCAUAUAGAUAUAAUCACAUAUUCUGAGCAAACACAAACUGAGAUUGAUGUGAUAGACAAGUUUAAAAACUGUGUGAUAGAUAGCACACAUUCUGGUAAAAAGUUCCUAAUAAACGACGCCAUGAUUAAACAGAAUGCACACAUAAGUCAAGGGUUUUUGCAAUUUAAAUUGAAACCGGAAAAGUUAAAAUAUACAAUGCUCAAUUCAGAAUCUUUUAGACAUUGUACAAUAUCAGCGAAAUGCCUAACAGAUGCAGAUUUAGAACUGCCUAAACCUACAAUGUCCAAUUUGGAGUAUGAUUACAAAAAUUAUUGUAGAACAAUGAAAUCUAUGGAGUCGUUAGUUGAAAAUGUUUUGUUGCAUGUAUAUUUUGAAAUUCAUAGAGAAGCUAAUUUCAAGGGUGCUUCUGAAAUAAAGAGCAAUGUGUUGGUUACUGGUCUCAGUGGAACGGGAAAAUCGGCAUUCUGUCAUAUAGUUCAAAAAGAACUGAUAGUCUGGUCCCACAUCCUCCACUGUCGAUCAUUAAAGGGCCGAAAAGAUAUUCCCGAGGUAUUGGGCAAGGCCAUAUUGAUGUGCCAAGAACAUAGCCCGGCUGUGCUGAUUUGUGAUGAUUUGGAUUCGUUAGUCCCUCCAAAUAUGGAAGGCGCUUCGCCACAGGAUAUUGCUUAUUAUCAGAGGUUAGCGGUUGUAAUUAAACACUUGUUACAAACGUGUUCUGGAGUUUGUGUAGUCAUGACGUCACUCAGCAUUAAGGAAUUACACCCUAUUUUGCGGCAAUUCAGUGGGAAACCACUAUUCACUGCGCACUUUGACAUUCCUGAGCCAGACCAGGAAGAGCGUUCAGAGCUCUUUAAGCAUCUUCUAAACGAGAGAAUCCGAGCGGAGUUCGAAAUCCUGGACGAUGACGUCAUCAGACUCGCGAUGGACACCGCCGGGUACACCGUUCGUGACAUCACGGAUUACUUGAACAGAAAGAUAUUUAAAGCAAUUAAAAAAAAGAAAUCUCACCCAAAUGAACCAAAGCCACGGCUAGUGGAAGAUAUAACUAAGGACGAGGAGAAAGCGAACACGUUCGACAUCUGGGGCCCCGUUGGUGGCCUUGAAGAAGUGAAGCAGGAACUCACUGAGUGUAUUUUUUGGCCCAUCAUGUAUCCAGCACUCUUCCCGUCUCAAUCUUGCGGUAUUCUCUUAUAUGGUCCUCCGGGCACGGGUAAAUCUCACAUUGGGUCUUGCCUCGCGCGGCUUCAUAACAUGAGCCUCAUUGCUGUUAAAGGACCAGAGUUGUUGUCCAAGUAUAUCGGACAGAGCGAGAAGGCGGUUAGGGAUGUUUUUGACAAGGCAGACAUGAAGCGGCCGUGCAUACUUUUCUUCGAUGAGUUCGACAGCUUGGCGCCCAAACGUGGUCACGAUUCAACAGGCGUAACUGAUCGCGUUGUAAACCAGCUGCUUGCGAGAAUGGACGGCGCUGAGGGCGGAGCCCGAGGGCCCGUGAUCGCGGCGACGUCGAGACCUGAUCUUGUCGAUCCGGCUUUGUUGAGACCUGGAAGACUGCAGAGGCAUAUUUACUGCGCUCUGCCUGACGAGCGGGGUCGUCAUGAAGUCCUCAAGACGCUAAGCAAGAGCGUGGCAUUGGACUCUGCCAUCGACUUACAAGAUCUCGCGGCGCGUACUGACGGCUACUCACCGGCUGACUUAAAAGCUUUAUUGGUCACGGCGCAGUUAGCACGAUUGGAAUUACAGCUGGGGCAAAGCGAAGAUAAAGAGUUGCAGUCAGUAGUAGUGUACCCGGAAGACAUAGAUAGUGCCUUAGACGAAACCAAACCGUCCCUUUCCAAAGAACAGAAACUAUUCUACGAUAUGAUCUACAAACGCUUCCGAGGCGAGAAUCUUACUCCAGAACAAAGGAUGAUGGCAAUGAAAAUGCAGAAGCAAAGAGUCACAUUAGCGUAGCUUUAAACUUAAGUAGUUGGUGCUAUG